AUUUUUCUUUUUAUUGUUUUUUUAGUAUUUGUUAAUUUAUGUUUUUAUAUGAUCAUAAGGUCAUAAUUUUUGAUAUCUUUUUCAUAUUGUUGAUAUGUUACGAUCAAAAAAAAAAUUAGAUAAUAUAUAAACAUUUGACCAAUUUUGAGAGAAAUAAGUGCAAUAGAUAAAAAGUUAUAGCGUGGUGGCCAGUUUUAAAACAUGGCCAUUUAUGGCACAAUUCCCCUACUUGUGUCAUUUACAUUUUUAAUAGGGCUUUAACUUUUAUGUAAUAUAGGUAAAUUAAUUACUAAUUGCUUUUUUUUCUAGGGAAAAAAUUAAUUUUCUGCACCUGUAUAAUAUUUACAGAUUUUAUCAGUUAUUAUGAAAUUUGGUGCUUAAGAAUAUAAUUGUAAAAAUUAAGUUUGUGCAAGAAACUUUUCCUACGUAGCUCAUAUAUUCUUCAAGUUCUACCUUUAUUAACUGUGAAUGCAGGGUUGACAGUUAGCACGAUUAGGCGAUGUGUAAUAAUAUGCUGUAUUUUUGUAAAGUUUAUCUAAUUUGUCUCCAAUUCGCCCAUAUUAAAUUUAGGGGAAAAAUAAUAAAUUAUAUAUUGAUUCAAAUUUGUCUGUUAUCUUUCUAUAUAGACUUAAGAACUACUUAAAUUUUAUAAAAUUUCAAGAACACUAAAUACUAAUAAUUCAUAUGGAAUAAAUAUUUUUGGAAAAAAUUUGAUUUUUAUUAUACCAAUAUAAAUAGAUCUUUUUAGUUUAAGGUUAACCCAUCUACAGAAAAUAUAUGCUCACUAGGAGAGCUUGUAGAUGAAACUAAUAUUAUUAUUUUUUGGCAUAAAUGAAAAGCAUAGGAAGAUUCAAUAUUUUAUUUUUCUAAAAGGGUCUACCAUUAUAUAAAUUGGUAUCACGUCAAAUCGGCGCAGCGUCAAUUCAGCGCGGCGUCUAUUCCGCGCAGUGUUAAACAUAAACUUAUAAAUUGAAGCUAAAUAUAUAAAUUGAAACUUAAUUUUGGUUAAUUUAAUAAACAUUUAGACAUAAAUAAAUAAGAAUCUUAAGGAGAGAUUAUGAUUUUUGAAUUUUUUUUAUUAACUGCCAUAAGAGACGUGUAUGGUUUAGCAAGCCGGUCUAGCUCUAAAUUGACUAAUCAUGGUUGAAGUAAUAUCUAGAUAUAAUAAAUACUCAUAAAACUUUCCCAAAUUAUAGUAGAGUAUUUAAACUUUGCUAAGAAAUAAUUUACAUAAAAAUGAUUAUAUAUUUUAAUUGAAAUUAAUUCUGUCAUGUAAAAAGUUUUUGAAAAAUUCAUAAAUAUUUUAUUUUUUAUAUAAAUUUGGUAAUAAUUAAAUUAAAUAUUUCAACAGAUUUAUUGUUUAUAGAUGUAAACGAAUAAAAACUAUAUAAGGAUACAAUUUUAACCUUCUGGUAUAUUUAAUUUUAAAAUGAGAUUAAGUGGUAUGCCAAGCCCCGGGAUUUAUAUAACCCCAGUCUAAUCUAUUAUGAUUUGUAGCCAUUAUUAUAUAAGCCUGGAUGCGGAUAGUUGUAAGAAAGGUUUGGACCUCUAUUUCAAACAAAAUAUUUUGGCUAAAAUUUUAAUCAACCGUUUUUAAAAAUAGACCCAAAUCGGCCCGAUGCUAAGACCAAUUUUUUAUAUUAUAAAAACGAAUUAACGCGCAAUUUAUUUAUAUUAUGGCUGUUGAAAUUAUAAAAUUUACUAAUUGAAAAUGAUAUUAUAAAAGUUUAAAAAAACAUUAUACCCCUUUGAUAAAAACGAUAAGAUAGUAAACCAAAAUUAUGUUUAAUAUUAAAUCCCCCUUUUCCCGUCUAAUUUUAGACAACAUAUAUUUCUAAUAUCCCACCCGAGAUCAAGCUAGGUGUAUCGGGAUAUAGCUUAAAAUAUUAUAUUAAUUGUAUCUGACUAUUUAAAUCGCCGAUUAAUGAUUAUUUAAGGGGGAUCGCAUAUAAUUUUAAUUUGCAAUUAAUGUUAAUUAUUUAGCAUGUUUUAUAUAGUAUAUUUAUAUUUUCUAUAGUUGAUUUAUAUAAAAAUAAAAAAAUGUUGGUAAAUUCGUUUUUUAUUAUUUUAUAAUAGGAAAAAUUAGCCUAAGCAUACUUUAUAUUUUUUUAAAUGAUUAAUAGAAAUAUUUUUUAGAUUUUUAAUAAAUCUAAAAUGAGUCAGUCUUAAUUUUAAUUUUAUUGGAUCAACAUUAGUGUUCUUAAACGGCCGAUUUGGGUCUACUUUUAAAAACGGUCGAUUAAGAUUUUGGCCAUAAUAAUAUGUAAGAUUCGAGAUGGAAGUCCAAAAUUUUCCUACUGCGCAAAAUCUUCAGGCUUACAUAAUAUUGGCUAAUAAUCAAAAUACCUUAUAAUGUGGUAAAUUGGUCCAGCAAGGAAGUGGUAUAAAUAUUGAUUAUUAAUUUUUUUAAAAAUAUUAUUAAAUUUUUAAUUGAUAUCACACAUUUAGUAAAUAAAAGAUAUUUGUAAAAAAAAUGAAGAAAUAAUUAAUAGGACCAACAUUUAAAAUGACAUCUAUUUAAUGAUCCUUUUUUUAUACCAAUAAAUUUAUAAUAAAUUGCAACUGUAAUAUAAAAGCGCCGAAUUGUCGCCGCGCUAAAGUGAUUAUGACUAUGGGCCAAACUGACGUGGAACCAUAUAAAUUAAGAAAUUUAAAGGGGAAAAUAAAAAAUACCUUUAUUGUUCUUUAUUCAUUAUAAUAUCGUUUUACGUAGCACAAUUAGAUGAAUGUAUAAUUCUUUGCUUAUGUUUAUAUACAAUAAACGUAUGAUUCACAUUCUAGAAAUUGGUUCAUCUGAUUGUAUAAUAACAGGAAUAUUUAACCUUAUAAUAAAUGAUCAAUAUAAAUGAAACCUUUAUAAAUAUUGAAUUAUUGAAAAUAACAUAUUAAUUUUGGAUAAAUAUAACCCCGGCCUGAAUAUUUAAAAAAAAUUUAAGGCGCUGUCCUUGUAUAUUACAAAAAAAUAAAAUAAGGCCCGACUCGUGUACCCGGACCGGACUUAGGCUUGGGCCUACAUCUCUGAUUUAAAUAUAAAUACAAUUAAAAUUUUUAUAUUUAAAUAGGAAAUUACUCUGCAAAGAAUGUAAAAAAGUUAUCAAUUCUGACGCAUGUAUUUGCAAGACCUGUGAUACAUGGGUUCAUAAGUGUUGCCUCAGUGUACCUGAUAAAUCUUAUAGAACUUGGGCUUUAUUACAAGCACCAUAUUUUUGCAGAUAUUGUUAUAAAAUAGAAGACUCAUUUAUGAGAUUAAAAAUAUCCCCUGAUGUAUCAACGUCUAACAAUGAAUUAGCCUUAAUUAGCAUGUACUACAAGCAUCCCUCUCGUGAAAAUGAUAAUCAAUAUGUAGGGAAAUUAGAUAAAAUUUCUAAAAAAUUGCUUGAAACUUUUCGCCCGGAACUACUUAAAAGGUAUUCACCUAGGUCUUGCAUAGGAGAUGGAACUGCUGCUAUAGAGCGCUUUCAUUGGCAAUUUAUGGUGAUGAAAUUCAUCAUUUAUAUAUAAGAUGCGUAACUGCCAUAGAAAUGAUACGUUAUAAGUCAACAUACCAUAUAAAUUCUGCCCUAUAUAUAUUAAGCAAAAAAUACAAUGACCUAAAUAUUUGGGACACUAUUUAUGAUCAAUUAUUAAAGGACGUUUUGACGCUGAUUGAAGGGUGGGCCGAGAUGGCUCAUUUAUAUGCUGCAAGCGCAGCUUUACAGAUAGGAAUUGGGUCCUAUCACCUAAAUAAAAUGAUUGUUGCUCAUGAAACCAAAGAUAAUAAUCCAUAUAAUCGUGAGGUUUAUGGAAGAUCUGUACCUAUAUGGCAACCAGUGGGCAUUAAUAUUUUAUGGACAAAAACCUCAAUAGGGAUAAUGCUAUGUAAGCAUAUAAUAUAUCUGCAACCUGUAUGUAAGACAUAUAGGGUAAAGAAUGAUGAUAAAGAUAUUUUGGAUAUCGAAUGUGAUAAAUAUAUAUAUGACCAUACUUAUUAUGAUUUUCAAAAGUCUCCACCAACACUCUCUGAUGAUGGUUCAUAUAUUUCGAGCGAAGAAUUUGAUUUCUUAGGUAUAUAUCCAUUUAAAAAAAAUGAUAAUAAAACCGUGGUUAAAUCGAUACCAUAUAAUAUUACCCAUAAUUUGAAAACAUCACAAGCAAAUGAAUUUAAUGAAGAAAUAUUAAAAGAUUACUCAGAUAUUUCAGAUGAGGAUUUAUUGAAAAUAAUAAAAACAGAUAUAUUAGAUAUAUAUUAUAUAUCAUAUAUUUCACUUGAACAAACUGUGAAGUAUAUAGAUAUUGUUCUAAUAUAUCCAUAUAAAGUCGAUUUGACAGAUAUAAAGGAUAUUAAAUCGGAAAGGAUAUACGAUGACUAUGAUUAUGAAUUGCCGUCACCAAGAUUGUGGAAUAAUAAAAGAAUAAUACAUUCCACGCCUAUAAAAGAUAAAAAUUUAGUGGCUUUUACCGCUAAUAUAUCCGAUAUUUUAAAUGAAGAUCUUGUGAAAUAUUCAGAUAUCCUUUCUAAAGGUUUACAUAAAAAAGAAGAAUUAUUAAAUAAGUCUUUUGAAGAUAUGAAGGUUAAUAAGCUAAUAAAGCAUGAUUCCCUAGAUGAUAACUGUAUUGAUAGUGUAAUAUACACUAAGAAUCAUUGUAAAGGAUUUACAUACAAUGAAUUAUUGAAUAUGUUAUUGAAACCAGAAAAUAUUCUAGAAUCAAUUCCACAAGGGACUAAAAAUAAUACUUUUUUUAUUGUAAACAAUAGUAUUAAUUUAAAAAUGAAUAAGGAUGGUUUAAAAAGUUGUUUCCCCGAUGAUUGUGGAGCAUGGACAGGUAAAAAAACGGAUGGUAGUAACCGUUAUUUUGAUUUAGAAAAUGGCGAAAGAAAAGGUCCAUAUAUAAUGAUAGAUAAAGUAUUUUACAUAUUAAGAAAAAUACAUAAUUCCAAUCAUAGAUGUACUAUAAACCCUCAACCUAAUUUAAAUAAUGUAGUUUGCUUAUGUCAAUAUAGUUGUACAUUAAAAAAGGAUCUAAAAACUUAAAAUAUAACGAAUUGCACAAAAAUGAUGCCGAUUAUAGUAGCAAUUUUGCAGAUCAAGUUCUGUUAAUUUUAAAUAAUAUAAAUGAUUAUCCGAUAAUCAAAAAUAUAUGUAUACGACCUGAUAUAGUACUUUAUACUCGUUUAAUGCUUGAAAAUAUAAAAUUUUGUUGUACGGGAAAGCAACGAAGUAUUCUUAGCGUUGAUAAAACCUACAAUUUAAGCGAACUCUUUGUGACGCCUACUGUGUUCAAGCAUAUAGCUCUUUGUAAAACGGGGUUGAAAGAUAAAGUACAUCCAUUAUUUUUCGGUCCAAUAUUUUUGCACGGUAUUUCAGAUUACCGGACAUAUAAUAUAUUUUUUUCUGAGCUACAGGGUGUUUUUAAAAAGCACCAAAUUAAUGUGGAUAAUAUUAUUUGCGGAUCCGACGAAGAAUUUGCCAUGGUUUCGGCUUUACGUAAAAAUUUUAAUACUUCCAUACAUUUAUUAUGCACACUUCACAUGAGGAGAAAUUUGUCAAUCUCUUUGAAAAAUAGUCAAGGGGUCCCUAUGAGAUUAAGAGAAUAUAUAAGUAAUAUGAUUUUUGGUGAAAAUGGAAUACUAUAUUCCACUGAUGACAUUAUGUUUAGAAAAAAAAUGUUAAAAUUUCGAAAUAUUUGCAUAGUUAAUAAAUAUGAUAAAUUUCUUAAGAAUGUGUUUAAAAGUUUCGAAAAAAAACUUUAUGAAUACGUGUAUAUACCUUUAAAGAACAAGUUUAUAUCACAAGUUUAUACUAAUAACAACAGUGAAUCAAUGAAUAGCCUAAAGAUGAUGAUAAAAAAGGUUGUUCCUUUGCAUACAUUAAUAACCAUUAUCAAGUCUUUUACUAUGAAAAAGAAUUAGAACGAGCAGUAAUUGGACUAGGAGAUUAUUAUAUCGAUUCUGAUUUAAGUAAACAUAAUAGGGUAUCCCUUUUAAAAUUUAUAAAGGAAUCUACAGCUGAAGUAGGUUCAAAUAAUCAUAAAUCAACAACAAUCUCUAAAUAUAUUACAUCGUCAUAUGGUAAAAUAACGCUGAUGAGACCUAAAGCGUGAAGGAUCACGAAAAACAUAUGUGCUUUUGAUGGCGUGAUAGGUCAUGAGGAGAUAAAAUAAAUUAUUUAUGGCGAGAAAGGUCAUUAAAGCACUAAAAUGUAUUCUAUGACGAGAUCGAAUAUGGGACACCAAAUUAAUGCUUUUAUUGGGGAUAAAAACUAUGAGGAGACAAAGAUUUACAUAGUUUCGAUAUCUGUCGAUUGACCCUGGCAUAAUGGCAAUUAAAUCUUGGUAAAUUAUAUUCUUAUUUAUUUAUAAUUUUAUUGAAUAAACAAAAACAAUAUAGCAAGGUUUAUAGGGCUUAAUGGGGAAUUUUUUAAAUAUAUAUGACGCCUACUAAAUAUUUAAAUAUAUUGUAACCUGCCCGUAAUAUACCUCUAUAAUUAUUUGAUUGAUUUAAUAUUAGAUUCAAAGUUUAAUUUAUAAUAAUUUGAGAUAAUUUGUUAGGUAUCAAGAUAUUAAUAUAAUUAUAUAUAAGAUUACAGAUGAUAAUAUUUAUAUUUUCCAUGAUGAGAAAUGUGAUGAAGGCACGAUAUAUAUGUCCAUACCGAUAAAAUUCAUAGGGACAUAAAAUAAGUGAUUUGAAUGUGAAAAAAAUUAUGAGGGGAAAAAGGCCACCGUAGAUAGUUAUGUUGCGCUGAUAAAUUAAUAUGGUACUAACGAUGAUGGUAAAUUAAUUUUUUGUAUUAUAUUUAUUUUUCUUUAUAAAUAUAUGAUAUAAUAUAUAAUAUGAAUAUAGUGAGAUUUAUUAUGAUCGAAAAUUAGAGGUCUUCAUUGAGAUAAUUUCUAAAUAAAAUCGGCUACCACGUCUUUUGUUUUAAAAAUUUGCUCAUUAAAAAAAUUGUCCUACCACGCCCAUAAUAUAAAAUAAUUAUUUGUUUAUUUAUAUAUGUUCUAAUUUUGAAUAAUAUGACUUGACCCGCUCACCGAAUUAAAUUUAUUUUAACAUUUCUGUUACCUCUAUAUAAUUGAAUUAAUGUUAAAUGCAAAAUAUAUUUGUAAAAUAUUUUAAUAAUUUGAGAUAAUUUUUCAGGUUUAUAGAUAUUAAUUUAUAUUAAAAUACACAUAGUGUAAAAGAUAAAUAAGAGGGGAAUUAAUAAAUAUAAAAAUAUUGAGAUUCUUUUAGCCAUGGCAUACCACUCACUAAUUUUAUUUUAAAAAUAUGACAUUUUAAUAUGUUAUUAGAAUGAUCGAUAAAGAAUAUUAGAGGGAAUUGAUAUAUGAAUCUAAGCGUAAUUCGGAUCUACCUACCCGAGCUUCGAAUAAGACAAAAGGAUUUAUGCCUCGUAUGAAAAUUUCGUAUGGAGUUAAAAAGGUUCCCAGCAUGAUGAACAAAACAACUUAUUAAAUAUUUUACUAUUUUAGUUAUUUAAUUUUUUGAAAAUUAAUCAAUGUAUAUUUUGUAAAUUUAUGAACUAAAUUAAUUAUUUAUAAUAAAUAUAUAUAUAUAUUUAAAAUAU